CUGUCCCGAUUCAAAGGUUGGGCUGUUUUAAUCUACAUAAACGUGUCAUAUUCUCUAAAAUAAAAUAUCAUUUUUCUGGCUCCGUAUUUGUUAAAAAAAAGUCAUAAACGUCUCUGCUGUGUCCUGCUGCUGUCACCACGCAACACGAGCAGCAGGUGACGCAAUUAGGAAAUCCUCUGCGAGGCUAGACCGUCUCAUUUCAGUUCCGUUCUUGGACUUUUGAGGCUGCGUGCUUUGAAAAACAAGUCCUCGUUUUUAAGUCCGCAACCUAAGAAGGUUGUAUCCCCCGAAUUGGGACACAGCUAUUGUAUCAUUUUGCCCAGUGUUUUACCACUCAAGCAGGCGCGUUCACGUGACGACACGUGGAUACCCUCUAUAGGUCACUUGAUUUUUGAACAGGAGAGUUGUUGGCCGCUUCGGGGUCCUAAAUUUCAAAACAAUCGAAAUGGCGGCGCCUGUAAGAUGGAGUCUAAUGCGCUAUCUACGGUUUCACUCAUCAGCAGGACAGUUUAGAUUGACAGUAAAUGAAAGAAGUCAGUGUUAUUCACUCUGGGCUGCCCAGACCCAUAGAAUAAAGUCUCAACAGUAUGAAAGCAAAGCAUUUUCAGUGCGAAAGCUUUCAAUUUUAACUCAAGACACCCCGAAUCCUAGAAGUUUAAAGUUUCUUCCUGGUAAGCCUGUCCUGGGGGCAGGAACUAAGGAUUUCCCCACUUCAGACUCAGCUGAAAAUUCCCCUUUAGCCAGGGAUCUUUUCCAAAUCGAAGGCAUAAAAAGUGUUUUUUAUGGCCCAGAUUUUAUCACUCUGACUAAGACAGAUGAUGACGUUGAAUGGACAGAGAUUAAACGGCAUGCCGUUGAGGUCAUCACUAAAUUUGUUGAGAGUGGUGAGCCCAUCACAACUGGAGCAACACAUGCUGAGUGCUCUGUCACAGAGGAUGAUGAUGACAUUGUCUCUAUGAUCAAAGAACUUUUAGACACACGAAUCAGACCUACAGUACAGGAGGAUGGUGGUGAUGUCAUAUUCAAGGGCUUUGAGGAUGGCACUGUAAAGCUAAAGUUAGUUGGCUCCUGCACAGGCUGCCCAAGCUCCACGGUUACCCUAAAAAAUGGCAUCCAGAACAUGCUACAGUUUUAUAUACCUGAGGUCGACAAUGUAGAACAGGUAGAGGAUGAAGUGGAUGAGAUCAACUCUAAAGUGUUUGGUGAACUGGAGAAGAAACUGCAAGACUAGUAAUAUGACGACCUAUUCUGUCCCCCAUAUUUCAACUUAAUGUUAAUGUGUUUUAUAGUGGGAUUUCACCCUAAAUGUGUUACAAAUUUAGAUUCUAAAUCUAAAAUUUGAUUUAAUAUUUAAGCAAGUGCAAAGUCUUCAAAAGUUUUUGUGUUUUCGUUAUCUUGGUUGAAUAUUGUGAUUGCACCAAGAUAGAGAAUAACAGAGCACUGCACUUUCUAGACUACCAUCACAAAUCACUCGUAGUCCAGCACUUACUGUGUGAUAAGGAUUUGUGGUUUUUAACUGGUUUUAUUUAGCUUGUCAUUGAGAAAAUCUUCAAAUGUAAAUGGUUAUGCUUGUAAUAUAAAUAUUCAUUGUAUAUUGCAAUUUCACAGACAUACCAUCAUUAAGUGAGAAUAUAUUUAUGGUGUCAAUAAUUGCAAUGAUUCUAAAACAUUAUUAAACUUGAAAAUGCUGUGUUUAGAGCUGAUCUUUCACCAUGCUCAGAGGCUUGCUUGGAAAUUUGUGGUGGAAGAUUUGUUAGUAUUCAUUGUUCAUUGUUAGUGACUACAUCUGCCAGUCAGCAGCUUUGGAGGACCUAUAAUAAAAUUAACAGCUAUGUAAGACCAUAUAGUUGUUCCGGGAUAAUGUUAUGUAUUAAAAUCCAAGGUGUUCAAAACCUUU